AUGAACUUUCCCAAUUUCGACGGCAAUCCGGAAAAGUGGUUAGAAUACCGGGAUAGCUUCCAGGGUCUCAUAGAUGCUAAUCGCGAUUUAACGAAUAUUCAACGCAUGUAUUACCUCAAAUCGUCUUUAAAGGGAAAGGCUGCCGAAGUCAUACAAUCUCUCGAGUCAUCCGCUGAAAACUACACGAUAGCCUGGAAUCUUUUAACAAAAAGAUUCGAGGAUAAACGCGCAAUAGCUAGCAGACAUUUGCAACUGUUAUUAGACAUUCCCGUAAUGCAAAAGGAAUCGGGAACACAAUUGAGACAGACCCUGGAUAGCAUUUUACGACACACUCGAGCGUUAGAAUUCCUCAAGGUCAAUACCUGGGAUUCAUGGCGGACUCACAUCAAAGAUAAGGACGACAUCAUGGUUGCCAGCUUGACCGACUUUCUCGAAGAAAGGUGCCUCAUAGUUGAACCCGAAAUUAGUAAGGCCGGUGCGGAUAAAACACAGUUGAACAAAAAUACAUCGCAGCAAAAACGGCCAGACAAAUCAGCGGCAUUCACGAAUACAACCAAAGAGAAUCGACACAGUCGAAAAUGUAGUUUUUGCAACGAAGAAUCGCAUUCAAUGUACUCUUGUAAUAAAUUUAAGGAAUUGCCAGUCCAGCAAAGAGUAAGCGCGGUAAAUGAGAGAAAGCUCUGUCGUAAUUGUCUGCGACCAAACCAUUUAGCGAGAGCAUGUCAGUCGUCCAAUUGCAAACGGUGCAAUGCUAGGCACAACACGUUAUUGCAUCCGAGCGAGCAGACCGAAGGUGUGACCAAUACUUGUAAAACAGACGUUAAGGACUUAGGUUCCGGGAACGCGGAGAAACGUGAUUCAAGCGUAAAUUACUCUGCAUCGCAAUCGAAUUUCUUAAGCAAGGCAAUAUGUGAACGACUAAAAUUGGCGACGCAGAAGUACAGUUGUUCAGUGGCGGGUUUAGCGUCCACCAUUAACGUCACAGAGUCCGCAUCUACUGUGAUUCAAUCAAAGCGUACGGCGUAUCAUACUAAGAUCAAUUUUUUAAUAAUCGAGCGAAUAAUUGAUAGGUUGUCGGAUAUUGAUGUUGCGCACUUACGCUUCCCGGAUAAUAUCAGACUCGCCGAUGACAGGUUUUAUAUGUCCGACAAAAUUGACAGCAUCUUGGGAACCAGCAUUUUCUGGAGUUUGUUGUGCAUCGGCCAAGUUCGGCUCGGCAGAUUCCAGCCAACACUUCAAAAAACCCAUCUUGGAUGGAUAGUGUCCGGAAGCGUCACCGACCAAGGGCAACAUAAUUCCUCUGUGUGUUGUUUCUCCUCCGAAGUGCAGCUUCGUGACGGCCUCGAGGGAUUCUGGAAGAUUAAGGAAGUUGACAAGGCUCCAGUUGCGUCAAAGGAUGACGAGGACUGUGAAACACAUUUCCGGGAGACACACCAACAAGACGAUACAGGACGUUUCAUGGUCAGCUUUCCAUUCAAGGGUCAUACCGAUGAGUUAGGAGAAUCGUACGACGGUGCUUUGAAGAGAUUUUACAAACUAGAGCAACGUUUCAAUAGAGAUCCACUGAAGGAGGAGUACGUACGCUUCAUGGAAGAAUACAUCACGCUCAACCAUAUGACGAUUGUCAACGAAGGGCAAGACGAAUCUUCAAUCGCACAUUACAUUCCACAUCACCCAGUCGUGACCACAUAUAAUGACCGACGCAAACUUCGGGUGGUGUUUGAUGCUUCUGCCAAAACCUCGUCAGGAAAAUCGCUAAAUGACAUUCUACUAGUGGGCCCCACCAUCCAACAAACUUUGUUCUCCAUUAUAUUACGGUUUCGGCAACAUCAACGGUUCUAA